AUGAUUGAUGAGCUCAGGCUUGAUAACUCGGAUCCCUCUCCGUCCUUGACGGAUGAUAUCAAGAACAUCAACCGUUACCUUCGCAACACGUCUUCUUCGUAUCCCUCCCAAGGUCAUGCAUCUACCAGAGUUCAGUCUCCGGAUUCAAUGCUUCGUCCGAAUAAGCUAAGCUUUACGGAUUUGUCUCGCUAUAGCAAGGCCAAUGAUCGACUCUCGAACCUUCGCUCUACUCUGUCGUCAGACGGAGACUUCGAUAAGAGCAGUAGCACCGCUCCUCCAGAAGCUAGGGAGGAUGCAAUCGCGGCCAUUACUCAGUGGCAGGGCCAGGUUCGGCCAAGAGCAGCAUCAUACAAUAAGUACCAACUGUUGGAGAGUGCCGAGGUUUUCCCCAGCGAUUCCGCCUCGCAGCAGCCGAGUCCUACCGGAGUGCAUUUCCUGCCCUCGACUCCGGCUUCAGCAAAGAGCAAGGGAGGGCUUACUAGGGGAAGUGCUGAACACAUGAAUGGUCAGCUUGACGGAACCCACGAAGCCACUAAUCAGGCUGAGAGCCCUGAUCCUGCCAGCAGAUCGUCAAGCGCACCCGCGAAUCAUGGACACCCUCACAGGCAAUCCAAGCGCAAGGCAUCCGCCUUUUCCCUCCGCAGCCUGACAAAUUCCCUUUCUAAGCGUCCGAGAUUCGAUAUACGGAAAUGGGCCAGCGACUUUUACCGACAAGGUAGCCAGAGGCUUAACAUGGCCCGGCUGAAGUGGAGGCACCAGACUCGACAGGACCGAGGCAUCUUUGAGGCGUGGAGAGCUCGCCACCGCAGAGCGGCCCAGAAUAUGUUCCCCGACCAAAAAGAACCCAAAAAGGACUACGGAACCUUUUCGACAGAACGCAAGGUGUGUUCGAAUGAGGACUGGUGGAGGGAUGGCGUGAGCCGAUAUGAGGCGCCUAAAUGGAUGAAUUUCAGGGGCGGUGCAACUCAUACUCACGGAUGA